AUGAUCUUCCCUACAGUCUUUGUGGCCGCCACGUACGCCUUAAUGGCAUCCGCCUCUGCCAUCCCUGCAGCAAAGAGACAAACUCCUAACUCAUGUUACACUUACGCUACUGGUAAUUUGAUCGUUCGUCCUCAAGACGAUACCUCUUCAGGACCAAUCACAUAUGCUGGUACUGUACCAAACGUCAAAAUUACCGGAAUUGACGGUUCGAAUGAUUCCAUCAUUGUAACCAAAAAUGAUGACGGAAGCCCUCUUCAACCUCAAGUGUGGGAAUUCCUUCGUUGCACUGAUGAAGAUGGUAACAACCCUCCUCCUGGCUAUACAGCACCAUCAUCAGGACCUACAAACAAUUAUUUCGGUAUCUUGCGUCCACAAGGUGCAACUCAACAUUGUCUUGCAUUGGAGAGCUUUGAUGAUUCAACAACAGGCGCACGAAACAGUAUCUUGGAUUCUUACUGUACUCAAGUUCCUUCUCCUUACCGUACUUUCAUGUACGUUGAAUUUCUCUACGGCGAUAGCGAUGAUGCCAGUAACCUCUUCUUUGAUGAUCAACAAACAACUUUGGUCAUUUCAAACACUCCUCAUGCUGAAUUACAAUUCUUCACCAAUUCAGCACCUCCCGGUGACCAAGCUUAUCAAUUGCAACUCUUACCUACCUCGAGCGACUGA